GGCAGCUUUGAGGCAGUUGCCAAAUCAUGUGGAUGCUGCCGUGGUAUCUUGGAGGAUGAAGAGCAGCGGGAGCAGAUAGAGACGGCCUGUGAUUUUGCAACGCAUUACUUCUGCCACCCAUGCUCCCUCUGCCAGGAAGGCCGAGAGCUGCGCCGCAGGCUGCCUCAUCCUGGGUUCAUUGGGAAACCUAUCUUGGUUAUGAUGCCUCCUGGUGAACAGACUAUGGGUCGUGGUGCCUAGAGAUCUCAUAUGAUCUCACCUGAUGGGUAAACAGAGCCGCAGGCAUUCUAAACUAGGUUACUUGGUACAUAUGAAUCUAUGGUGCACUGAGUCAUGGUGUCAGCUCAGGCUGCUUGUUAUAGACUCAGUAUGUGUUUGUCAGUGGAUAUAUUGGUAUGUAAUCCCUAUGGCCGUUGUGUUGCUAUUUUGUCUGCAUUACUAGGUAUCUGUUGAAGCAGCGACAUUAGUAACUAUUUCAGCAUAUAUUCUAUACUUUCAAAAUCGCUGUUUUAGAAGA